AUGACCACCGCGUUCGAGUAUUACGUCCUGCGGCAUGAAUUGGACUGCCAGGCGAGACGAGAUCGCGAGAGCGUUGAGGACAGCAACGGAGGUGGAGUGGAAGUAAAGAUGUCGCGCUUGCCCAACGCUGGCCUUGGGCUGUUUGCCACCACGACGUUCAAUGCAGGCGACGUGGUCUGCGUAUACAGAGGCCAGGUCCUUGCGACAGCAGACGCGUUGAAGGUCGCGGACAAGUCGUACUUGAUGCGGCUUGGAGGCGGCGUGUACAUUGAUGCACGGACCUGUAUUGGUGUGAAAGCCAGAUACAUCAACGACUGCCGAAGUCGAGGUGUCCACAACGUCGAGUUUGAAAAGUUGCCACUGCUCCAGAAAGCCAACGUUCGUGCCACGCGUUAUAUUCACAUCGGAGACGAGAUCUACGUCGACUAUGGCAAGUGGUACUGGCUCGCGUACAACCUCAGCCAUCCCCACGACCUCAUAAAAUAGUAGCCUCAUCAGAGUAUUCCACUUAACCACCAAAUCCUCGAGCCAAAAUGCAC